UUUAUACAGAAACAUAGCACUUUUAUUGAUAAAUUUCUGUAGUUAUAUAUAAAAUUAUGACUUUGAAGAAAGCCACUCUAACUCAACUUGAUGUUAAAGGAAAGAAAGUUCUUAUCAGGGUUGAUUUUAAUGUACCUCUUAAAGAGGGUGUUAUAACAAACAACCAAAGGAUUGUCGCUGCUUUACCCACGAUACAGCAUUGCAUAUCAAAUGGUGCGAAAAGUGUUGUUUUGAUGAGUCACCUGGGCAGGCCUGACGGACAAGUUAAUAAGAAAUAUACACUUGCACCAGUGGCAGAGGAGUUAAAAAAAUUGCUACAAAGGGAUGUUUUGUUUUUAUCUGACUGCGUUGGAAGUGAAGUAGAGAGUGCUUGUUCAAAUGCAGCUGAUGGUGAAGUCAUUUUGUUGGAAAAUUUGCGAUUUCAUGUUGAAGAAGAAGGAAAAGGAGUUGACAAGGAUGGAAAUAAAGUGAAGGCAGAGAAAGAAGCUAUUGCUAACUUUCGUGAAUCUUUAUCAAAACUUGGUGAAAUUUACGUAAAUGAUGCUUUUGGAACCGCACAUAGGGCUCAUAGUUCGAUGGUUGGGAUCUCGCAUAAACAACGAGUAGCUGGAUUUCUGAUGGAAAAAGAACUCAAAUAUUUUGAAAAGGUGCUUGAAAAUCCAGAUCGACCAUUUCUUGCUAUAUUGGGAGGUGCAAAGGUUGCUGACAAGAUUCAGCUAAUUAACAACAUUCUGGAUAAAGUUAAUGAAUUGAUUAUUGGAGGAGGGAUGGCUUUCACCUUUCUCAAAGUAUUAAAUAAUAUGGAAAUUGGUGCUUCACUUUACGACGAAGAAGGUUCAAAAAUCAUCAAGGAAUUAAUGGAAACAGCCAAAUCAAAAGGGGUGAAAAUACACCUGCCAACAGAUUUUGUAUGUGGGUCAAAGUUUUCGAACGAUGCCGAAACUUGUGUAGCAACUGUGAAAGACGGUAUCCGUGCUGGUUACAUGGGAUUGGAUGUUGGACCAGAAUCAACUGCACAAUUUGGUACUGUGAUUGACCAAUCAAAGUUAAUCUUUUGGAACGGUCCUGCUGGUGUAUUUGAAAUGCCAAAAUUUGCUGAAGGGACGAAAGGUGUAAUGGACAAAGUGUGUGAUGCGACUAAACGCGGCGUUGUCACGGUGAUUGGUGGAGGCGAUACAGCCACUGCUGCUGUGAAAUUUGGACGUGAAAAAGAUGUUAGUCACGUGAGCACCGGUGGUGGUGCCAGUAUCGAACUUUUAGAGGGUAAAGAACUUCCUGGAGUGGCGUUCUUAUCAGAUACUGUGUGAGAUUGAACUCGUAUGAGCGCUUGAACACAAACAUUUCGUAGAUGUCUUACCAUGUCAUAAACAUUUCAUUUAUUUUGAUAUCUUUUCAUUUUUGUAGUGAUGAUAAUUACGAAAAAUAUAUUUUAUAUAGUCGUGCUUCA